UCCUUUGUUCUUUAAACACACCAGAAUAUAACUUUUCAUAAAAGUGAAUAAAUACUGUUUAAUUCAACACUGUAUGAAUCUUCACAACAUUUCUGUAGAAAUCAUUUAGAAAAGUGUGACAUUUUGUGAAAAUAUGUUACCAGAUUAUCAACAUUAUCAAAUGAUCUUCAGUAACACAUGAGGUACAUUUAUAUGUCUUUAAUGUGUCAUGAUGUUUCUAAAGAUGUGACUGCAGGUUUCAGGAAGUCUUGAGUCUUUAACACAGUCUGUGUCUUUAACCGUCUAUCAUGAUUCGGUCAGUAUGGAGCUCAGUCAACUUCCUCUUGUGCUCUUGCUGAUUUCAAACAUCUAUUCUCAACAAACUGAAGAAAGACCAAAAGCCAAAGUGACCAUUAAACCUGAUCAACAUGUAUUCAGAGGAGACAAAGUCACUCUCAGAUGUGACAUUGAUGGUGAAGGAGUCGCUAGUUGGCAGUACAGCUGGUAUAAAGACGGUUCAGCUGAUGCUUUCAGUGAUCAACAGGAACACAAAUUCAGGUCUGUCACUCAGUCUGAUGCAGGUAAAUACUCCUGUUAUGGAGCAGAGAGAGGAGGAUCACAAACAUCAAACAUCAGUGAUGCAGUUACACUGACAGUAUCAGGUGAGUUUGAUUAUCUCUUUAUAAACACACAAACAUUUAAUAUGUUAUUAAUGAGUGAUUUCUCCAUUUCAGAUUUAGUUUUAAGUGUUUCUCCACAGAAGUGGUUGACUGAAGGAGAUCCAGUGAUUCUGAUCUGUGAGGUUUACGGCUCCUCUACAGGCUUGACAUUCAGCUGGUACACUCAAACUGUUUCAUCGGACAACAGAUAUUAUUAUCAGCUGCUCUCAGACAGCAGCAGAGGAGCUGGAGGAAACUACACUGUCAGUUCUGCUGCUCUAAAUCACACAGGAGUUUAUAUGUGCAGAGCAGAGAGAAGAAAACCAGCCUAUAAAACAUGGUACAGCAGCUCACAGUUAAUAUGGGUCACUGGUGUUUCUCCUCCAGUGUCUCUGAUCAUCAGUCCCAGCAGAACUCAACACUUCACAUCUGUCUCUCUCUCUCUGAGCUGUGAGGACCAGAGUAACUCUGAUAGAUGGACAGUGAGAAGAUACACAGACAGAUGGGAGUGGCUGGAUGAUUGUUCAUCAUCACACUGGGGAUCACAAACAGGAUCUACAUGUACAAUCAGAUCCACCAACACAUCAGACACUGGAGUGUACUGGUGUCAGUCUGAAUCUGGAGAGAACAGUCAUCCUGUUAAUAUCACUGUACACUCUGAUGUGAUUCUGGAGAGUCCUGUUCAUCCUGUGACUGAAGGAGAUACUCUGACUCUACACUGUUUAUAUCAACAUUCAACCCCACCAAACCUCAGAGCUGAUUUCUAUAAAGAUGAAUCGCUCAUCCAGAGUCAAACUACAGAGAUGAUCAUCUCUACUGUCUCAAAGUCACAUGAGGGUUUCUACUACUGCAAACACCCAGAGAGAGGAGAGUCACCCAAGAGCUGGAUCUCAGUCAGAGUGUCUCAUUCAGAAUCUCAGAUCUCUGUCCUUCACACACUCAGUUCUGUACUGGCAGUUUGUCCAUAUCUGCUAGUGACAGUCGUGCUGAUUUUCAAAUGCUGCAGGAUGAGAGAUUCAGCAUGAAUCAGCUCUCCAAACCCUUGGACUUCUGAGUGAAACAUGAUAUUCAAUGAAAAAACAUGUAGGACAGAACAUGAUUUUACCCAACAGGAAUGAAAAAAAAAUGGCAUUAUAUACAUUUUCUUCUUUUUAAUUACUAAAAAAUUAUCAUUUCAUGUUGAUUUUAAAAAGAGACAUUGAUUAAAUGUCCCUCUGAGGCCUGAUAACACAUUGACUGAGUUUGUUCAUAAAGUUUUGGAAGCUUAUCUUACAUUACUGCUAUUUCAGUUGCUUUUCAGUAUUAUUUUAUCAUGUUUUAUAUCAAGUUUUAUAUUUUUUAUUUCAUUCUUCUUUAAUGUUGUAAUAUAGUUAAAUACUUUACAAUAAAAGGCUCAGUGCAUCUCAUGUAUGUAUGAUGUAGCCUCUGUGAUGUUUGCCUGCUUUGCUUUACAAUCACAUGAACACACACUGUACUUUGUUUAUUCGUUAUUCUUAAGAGUAUUCUUUAUGUUAAGUUAAACAUUAUCUUUAUGUUAAGUUAUUCUUUAUGUUAAGUAUGUUAAGUUAAUUGUGUCUCCCAGUGUUUGUUUUUAUAACAAUCAGGAAGGAAAGUUGCUGUCCUUUAAUAGGCUGCAGGAGCUCGAUUUUCAGGUGGCCAGAAAGAGAGACCUCCACCAUAUAUGUGUUAAAACAAUUUAUUUUGACCAAAUUAAAGAUAGAAGUGACACAAAGUGGAGGGAUUUUUUAACAAUUCCUGCUGAGCUCUCUCCUUCUUGGAGGACUUUGUAUAAGGGCCCUCUUCCUAAACGUUCUGGGGAUCUACAGUGGAGGCUGUUAAAUUGUACUCAAAUUGUGCCCACUUAUUCUCAUGUUUCCAAAUUUAAUUUGAAUGUUUCUCCAUCCUGUUAUUUCUGUUCUUUAUCUGAAUCUGUUUUUCAUGUUGUUACUGAAUGUUUUAGAUUAGCUCCAGUGUUUAUAUUGCUUGAAAGAUUAAUUGGAGGUUUGGGUUUUGUUUUUAGCAGGGCACUGUUUUUGGAUGUAAAUAUUCAAGAGCACACAGUCGACAGCAUACCUUAGCCAAUUUUAUUAUGGGGCAAGCCAAACUAGCCAUUUGGAAGUCUCGCAGAUUGGCUGCUGAAGGGCAAAAUAUAAAUGUUCUCCGAUAUUUUACUGUUUUGAUGGAGUUCAGGAUAAGAAUGGAAUAUAGAUUCUCUCAAAUGACUGAUAACUUGCAUGAUUUUGUGUUCAAAUGGUGUAUAAAUGAUGUUUUGCUGUCAUUUUGUGAGGAUGGGGAAUUAAUAUUUAACUGGUGAGGUGAAGUGAGGGAUUUCUUGAUAACUUUGUAAUGUGAGGAGCUGGAUGCGCAA